UUACUAAACAGAAAGGAUCUGCUCUGCAGCAGUAGUCCUUCCACUGCACCUAAGAGCUUGACCUUGGCACAACUUUCUCCCGUCGGUAUUACAACGGACUCUGGAACUGCUCCAUUGCAGGAUGGCUAUGACUGACGUGCUCAGCGCUGAGGAUAUCAAGAAGGCUGUGGGAGCCUUUUCAGCUGCUGAAUCUUUCAACUACAAGAAGUUUUUCGAGAUGGUAGGAUUGAAAAAUAAGAGCCCAGAAGAUGUGAAGAAGGUUUUCCACAUUCUUGAUAAGGAUAGAAGUGGUUUCAUUGAAGAGGAUGAAUUAAAGUUUGUACUGAAGGGCUUUACCCCAGAUGGCAGAGACCUAUCAGACAAAGAAACAAAGGCUCUUAUGGCUGCAGGAGAUAAGGACGGUGAUGGUAAAAUUGGCGCUGAUGUUCUUGACUUCAUCCCAUUGAGAUUUACAAAGGAAUAACAGUGAACUAAUCAAGUUCUUCAGAUGAACAACGGUGGACAGUCUUGAUGGUCUGGCACGUAUAGAAUUUCUUCCUUACCCUCAAAAAAAUCCUUUCACUUCACUGUAAGAUUUCCUAAAUCAUACUUUCCCUUUAACUUGGAUUUCUUUGUUAUUCUGCUAUUGUGAUGUUCCUGCUACAUCAGUGAC